AUGACCCAGAAACGACAAGUGGACCCAUUGCAUUCGUUUUUAGCAGGUUCGCUUGCGGGUGCAGUGGAAGCAUCGAUCACGUACCCGUUUGAAUUUGCCAAAACUCGACUCCAACUCGUCGACAAAGCUGCCAAAGUGUCCAGGAAUCCACUUACGCUUAUCUAUACCACUGCAAAAACUCAGGGUAUUGGUUCCAUCUACGUCGGUUGUCCAGCGUUCAUUGUCGGUAACACAGCCAAAGCUGGCGUGCGAUUCCUGGGGUUCGAUGCAAUCAAAAAUGUGCUGCGAGACCCCGUGACGGGCGAAUUGAGUGGCCCGCGUGGUGUUCUCGCGGGUUUCGGUGCAGGUUUGCUCGAAAGUGUCGUGGCAGUGACACCCUUCGAGGGCAUCAAGACCGCAUUGAUCGACGACAAGCAAUCUGCGACCCCCAAAUAUCACAACAACGGACGUGGCAUAGUACGCAAUUACUCUGCGCUCGUUCGUGACCAAGGCCUGCGCGGCCUGUAUCGCGGAGUUUUGCCCGUCUCGAUGCGUCAGGCGGCCAACCAGGCCGUCAGACUCGGUUGUUACAACAAAAUCAAGACUUCGGUGCAAGAAUAUACUAACACGCCCAAGGACAAACCACUGUCUUCUGGAUUGACGUUUGUCGUCGGUGCGUUUAGCGGGAUUGUAACCGUUUAUUCGACCAUGCCCAUCGACACGGUGAAAACGCGAAUGCAGUCUCUGGACUCUUCCAAAUACACGUCUACUGCCAACUGUUUUGCAAAAGUGUUCAAAGAAGAAGGAGUGCUUACAUUCUGGAAAGGCGCGACGCCGCGUUUGGGACGACUCAUCCUAAGCGGCGGGAUCGUGUUCACCAUAUAUGAGAAAGUAUUGCUCGUGCUGGGCUAG